GGAGAGAGAGAGAGAUUGAGUGAUCCAGCCAUAGGAGGAGAAGAGACUGUAAGACAGCAGCAGGCAGGCUGUGCGUCAGCCACUGCUCCACAGGGAAACAUGGAGACAAGCAGGAGAUGCUGAAGAGGACAGGACGCACCAUAACAGGAUCACAUAGAUGGAUGUUAUUUCAUCAAGCAGGAAACCUGAAGGCAACCCACGCACAGGAUAAACCACUUAUGGAAGCAGUGGAUUAAAGACCUACAGCCAGACUGAGAGAGGGAAUAGAAGAGGAGGAGAAACUGAUCAAUUCAGUUGUUUAUUUUCAUUGUCUCUCCCUCUCUGUUUGUGUGUGAGCGCAUUUGCUGUCAGAAAGAAGUGUGUAUGGGUGCGUUUGUGCUGUACGUGUGUGUAUAAGGCAGGAGACUGCAUUGCUGUUUCUCCAGCAGCACAGGACAGACCAAAAAAAAAAAGAAAAAAGGCAGCCAAGCAAAUUUACACGUUUGUUUCUCCCUCUUAUUUCCCUUUUCUCUAUGCAUGUGUGUUCCUUCACUGUCAAAGUGUGUGUGUGUGUGUGUGAGAGAGGGAUGCUGAAGCCUGAAGUGAGCCACACAUCUGACUUGAAAGCGGACCCAAAGAAAAAAAAGCCUUUUCUUCCUUAAGAAAAAAGUGAUUUUUGUGCGUUUUUCCUCCUCACUCAUCAUGUCACCGCUCCAGCUCGGGCCUCAGUGCUGAGGGUGGCUCCUAUGCUGGUAGCUUGGAGGUUUGAAGGGCUGCCUCCAGGGAGACUUCUUGGCUCUGCACUCCAGAGAGGUGGAGGCAUCAUCAGGUAGGAGGCGGCAGAGCGAGUGGGCCUGAGCGGAGACUAGAAGAAGAGGAGGAGGAGGAGGAGGAGGAGGAGGAGGUGGAGGAGGAAGAGUUCUGCUGGUGGCAGUGUCGGUGGAGCCGCCUGAUGGUUUCGUCCACCACUGAGAGUGGGUAAUGGCAGCGGUGGGCCCACUCUCCUCCUCUCUCACCUGCCACAGAGAAGCUGGAAAGUGCUAGCCAUAGCCUCAGAGAUCCCAGCAGAAGGAUGGUGUGAACAUCUUGCUUCUUCUUACCCACCACAUUGGGAAACCCCUGACUCUCCCGCUGAGGGGUCAACUUUUCUUACUUACCUUGUUUCUUCUUCUUCUUUAAUUCACCUGAAAACAAGGACUGGUUUCUUUUCAUUUUCCCCUUCCUCCUCCUCCUCCACCACCCCUGACCUCGCCAAACUCUAAAUUUGACUCCAUGGAUUGGUUCUAGCACCAACCUGUCCUCCCCUUUUCUCCCUUUGUUUUCUUUUUCUUUUCUUUUUCUUUUUGUCGAGGCUUCAGGGGAAUUGCCAAGACCUGUUUCAUGCAUGUCCACUGGCGGCAGGUUCAACUUUGACGAUGGGGGGUCAUACUGCGGCGGGUGGGAGGAGGGCAAGGCGCACGGCCAUGGCAUCUGCACGGGACCAAAGGGCCAGGGCGAGUACUGCGGGUCCUGGGCCCAUGGCUUUGAACUGCUGGGCGUCUACACGUGGCCCAGCGGAAACACCUACCAGGGCACGUGGGCUCAGGGCAAGAGACAUGGAGUGGGUGUUGAGAAUAAAGGCCGCUGGGUGUACAAGGGCGAGUGGACGCACGGCUUUAAGGGACGCUACGGUCUCCGAGAAAGCACCGGGACGAGCGGGAAGUACGAGGGAACGUGGAACAACGGGCUGCAGGACGGAUAUGGAACAGAGACGUACUCGGACGGAGGAACAUUUCAGGGUCAGUGGGUCGGUGGGAUGCGCCACGGCUACGGGGUUCGCCAGAGUGUCCCAUACGGCAUGGCGGCCGUCAUCCGCUCCCCGCUCCGCACCUCCAUAAACUCUCUCCGCUCCGGUUCGGAGCACAGCAACGGCACAGCUCUGCUGGACCGGACCGGGGCGGUGGUCCCGGGGCCCCCCGCCGUCCCUGGCACUCUGACCACGAGCGUCUCCAUGUGCAGCACGGGCAGCAGCGGCAGCAGCCCCGCGGUGUCUCGCGGCGGCUUUGUUUUGAUGGCUCACAGUGAAGCCGAGCUGCUGAAGGGGAAGAGGAAAGGCGGGCUGUUCAGGAGGUCCAUCCUGUCCGGCCUCAAGCUGCGCAAGUCGGAGUCCAGGAGCUCUCUGGCCUCGCAGAGGUCCAAACAGAGCUCAUUCAGGAGCGAGGCUGGGAUGAGCACCGUCUCCUCUGCUGCGUCUGACAUCAACUCUACUAUCAGUCUCGGAGAUGCAGACGCGGAGUUGGCUGUUGCCGACGACGACGUGGAUGCCACGGCGACAGAGACCUACAGUGGAGAGUGGAAGAACGACAAGCGGACGGGGUUCGGCGUGAGCCGGCGCUCCGAUGGGCUGCAGUACGAGGGGGAGUGGCUCAGCAACAAGCGCCACGGCUACGGCUGCACCACGUUUCCUGAUGGCACAAAGGAGGAAGGGAAGUACAAGCAGAACAUCCUGGUCAGUGGCAAGAGGAAGAACCUCAUCCCUCUGCGGGCCAGCAAGAUCCGGGAGAAGGUGGACCGGGCCGUGGAGGGAGCGCAGAAGGCCGCUGACACCGCCCGGCAGAAGUCUGAGAUCGCCAUGUCAAGGACGGCCCACGCUCAGGGUAAAGCGGAGGCAGCAAUCGGAGCAGCUCAGAAAGCCCAGGAGGAGAGUCGCAUGGCCAGGGUCAUCGCCAAGCAGUUCUCCCCGUCCUUCCAACACCCGGGGAACGGUAUGGAGGUGCAGCGUCCCAAACAUCAGGUGUCCAGUGAAGUGGAGGGCGAGGGCCUGUCGAGUAGCGCCGGCACAGCCGAUAGUCCUGAUCUGUACGUGAAGAGCGCCGCCUCUGACGACCCCUCCAACGACGCCGCCACCCCUGACCUCAGCCCGCCUUCUUCCUCGCCUCCUCACACCCCGCCUGCUCCUGCCCGGACAGCCCAGCGGACCAAGAGUGCACGCUUCCACCGGCAAACCGCCGUGGACCACAGUGACAAGGGGAAGGACGGAGGAGAGAGGAGCGAGAAAGGCGGUGGAGGAGGGAAGACGGAGAUCCAGGUGUUGAUGGAGGGUGGGAACGCAGGGGCUGAAGGCAGCGGAGGAGGAGGGAAGGGGGAGUAUGCACGGGCCAACAGCUGGGGCGAGGACAAGAAGAGGGGGACGCUGUCAAAGGGAGGAAGCGGGGUCAGUGGACGGGGAGCGAGUCGGACCAAUGGACACAAACACAGCUCCUCCAAUCACAAGUCGCGGGAGCACAGCUCGUCCAAUCACAGACAGGUCAGAGGGGACAGGUGGACGGAGUCGACCUCGUCGGCCUCCUGGACGUCCGGGCACCGGGGCGCGCACGGCAGGGGGGGGCGGCUGCUGGAGCAGGACGAGGAGAAAAUUAGCAACUACGAGAUGGAGAUGAAGCCUUUACAGCCCAGAGACUCCACUACCCACAAGCCCCAUGGGCACGGGGAGGAGCGGCACGGGCACGGCGAGGGCCGCUCGCACACCGCGCAGCGGCAGAGACACAAGAACCGCGACGGGAGGGAAGGAAGAGAGGGGAAAGAGGGAGGGAAAGACUCGGGACACAAGCCUGACAGAGCGGGGGAGAAGAUGGACUCGCGGCCUCUACGCCGGGACCUCACCCUCUCCCCCCCUCUGAAGUCCUCACCCAUCACCCCUGAGCAGCAGGACCAAAGCCUCAUGCAGGGUAAAGUCAGUACGGCCUACAGCUCUGUUCUGGUUGCCAUGGUGAUUCUGCUCAACAUUGGAGUGGCUAUUUUGUUUAUUCACUUUUUUAUUUAAAGACAACACUGGCUCCAGAGUCUAUCUAUAUUACAGCAACUAUACAAAUUCAUACGAGUAUUAACGUCAAAUCUGCUGCCCCUUCAUGCUCCCGGUGUGCGGACUGCAACUGGCUCAAUGAAGACCAGGAACAAAGAGGGCUUUUUUUUCUCCAUCGUUUCUUUUUGGUCCAGUUGUUGUGAAAGUAUAAAGUACCCAGAGCUGCGGACAAGGGCCGGGGGGGGGAGGCGAACCAGUCCAGGUAACUUUGGAAGAAGUGGACUCAAGUGAACUUCCUGUAGUUCACGUAGAGACUCAAGUGGGCUGAUCGGUCUGCUUCCAGGACUGAUGAGACAGACUUUUUCAUCCCUAGAAGCGUAGUUUUCAAGAAAAUUUGUAACUUUUAAUUUAUUUAUUAACAUUUUAUCUCAUGUACAAUGUUUGAUGGAUAUAUUUAUUUUGUGACCCUCUUUAACUACCCCCUCCCUCCCCACACCUAUAUAACUCCUGCCUUUUGGUUCCUCCACCUGCCCAGGUGCCUGCCCAGGCGAUGUUACUAAUGGUUUUCAAGGUCUAGUGGCACUUUUCCACCACACAGUCCCGGCACGGCUCGACUCGACACGUUUUCUUUCUCUUUUUUUUUGCUUUUCCAUUAGCGACAGUAUCUGUCGAGUAUCUGUCGAAUAUAUGCCGAAUAUUCGA